ACCCAAAACCACAAGCAAGUUUAAGCCUUUUCUCCUCCUCACUCACGAAUCUUCUCUCAAAAAAUCUCUGCCAUGGCGACACUCAAAGAUGUCAUCUCUGACGAGGCACAUCUUGGAUGCGGUGCGAUUCAUGUUAUCACGGGUCCUAUGUUCUCUGGAAAAUCCACCUCUCUCCUCCGCAGAAUCAAGUCAGAGAUCAGCCUCGGAAGAAGUGUUGCGAUGGUGAAAUCGAGUAAGGAUACGAGAUACGCUAAGGAUUCGGUUGUGACGCAUGAUGGAAUUGGAUUCCCUUGUUGGGCUCUUCCAGAUCUGAUGUCGUUUCCUGAGAGAUUCGGACAAGAUGCUUACGACAAGCUUGAUGUGAUUGGUAUUGAUGAGGCUCAGUUCUUUGGAGAUCUUUAUGAGUUUUGCUGCAAAGUUGCUGAUGUUGAUGGCAAAAUUGUAAUUGUUGCAGGCCUUGAUGGUGACUAUUUAAGAAGGAGUUUUGGUGCAGUACUUGAUAUUAUACCAAUAGCUGAUUCUGUGACAAAGUUAACUGCUAGGUGUGAGGCUUGUGGACAGAAAGCUUUCUUCACUCUGAGAAAGACUUGUGACACCAGAACCGAGCUGAUUGGUGGGGCUGAUGUCUAUAUGCCUGUUUGUCGUAAGCAUUAUGUCAAUAAUCAAAUUGUCAUCAAAGCUUCAGAGCAAGUGUUGGAUUCUGACAAGACAAGAGCUGAAUCCUGUGUGGAGACAGAUGCUGUUAUGGUCUAACUAUGAAUUGCUAUGGAAUCAGUAACACAUUAUAAUGAGUUUCGUUUUUUCUUGUAUACGCUAUCGUUUUACUUGUCUGUGUUUACUAUCCCUUACUGUUGUCUUUGAAAAACACUUGUGAUGUUUCUUGUAUAUAAUAUAUCUGAUGCUCUCUCUAUGGCUAGAUUCUGAUCCAUGUUUGAUUCAAGCAUGC